UCAAAUUAUAAUAUGAGGAUUCACCCUAACAACAAUCAUAAAGUUAGCGGAGAUGCUCUUUAAGAUAGGAAAAAAUUGGGACCCCAGAUCUGGCGGAAAAAUCUUGGGUCCUGAUUGGGCUAUCGUAAAUGCCAUUGGUAGCCUUGUUAGGGUUAGAGUCAUGUUACGGGCGGGGAUUAGCAUAGCGUUCUAAUCGCGAAGCAGUUUCAAGUUCAACCUUAUCCUGGAAAACCUUAUCCCUGAACUUGCAGAAGCGCACUCAAUUCACAAUUAGUUCUACGUCCUCUCCAUCGUUUCCAAGAAGUAUGGGUAUUCAAGCCAGAACUGGUAGUGAUCGACUGAGAACGGUAUGGACACCGGAAAUGGAUCGAUAUUUCAUUGAUCUAAUGCUAGAGCAGGUUAGCAAAGGGAAUAAAUUUGAUGAUCACUUAUUCAGCAAACGUGCAUGGAAGCAUAUGACUUCCUUGUUCAAUACAAAGUUCAAGUUUCAGUAUGAGAAAGAUGUUCUGAAGAAUCGGCACAAAACUCUAAGGAAUCUUUACAAGGCUGUAAAAAAUCUCCUUGACCAGAAAGGCUUUAGCUGGGAUGAAACGCGGCAAAUGGUGACUGCAGAUAAUAACGUUUGGGAUGAAUAUAUCCGGGCACACCCUGAUACUCGUUCCUUCAGAAUAAAAACAAUCCCUUAUUACAGCGACUUAUGUUUGAUAUAUAGAGAUGCAGUCACUGAACAAAAAGGUGAUAAUGUGCCGGAGGAGCAGUUGCUUUCAUGUGAGAAUGAAACAACUAUGGCCUCGCAACCAAGGAAUGUUGGUGAUGGAGAGGCACAUGCACUUCAUGAAAUUAUAAUUGAUGAAGAUUAUGGAAUCUCCAUGUUAGAGAAAGAUGUUGAUGUUGCCCCACAGACUGUGCCUAAAGCGACUGGAACCUCCUUGGGAAAUCGUUCCAGAACUUAUUGGCAGCCACCUAUGGACCGGUAUUUCAUUGACCUUAUGCUUGAUCAAGUGCGUAAUGGUGGCCGGAUCGACGGUGUAUUCCGCAAACAAGCAUGGAUGGAGAUGAUUACAUUGUUCAAUGCCAAGUUUGGCUUCAAUUAUGACAUGGAUGUUCUUAAAAAUCGAUACAAAACCCUGAGAAGGCAAUACAAUGUGAUAAAAAAUCUACUUGAAUUGGAUGGAUUUGUUUGGGAUGAUAUGCGGCAAAUGGUGACCGCUGAUGAUUAUGUCUGGCAAGAUUAUAUCAAGGCUCACACUGACGCACGGCAGUUUAUGACCCGACCUAUCCCAUAUUAUAAAGAUUUGUGUAUGAUAUGUGAUUCCAGCUUUGAUGAAAGAGACUGCUCUUCUGGUCAAGACUUAGAGCAUCAAAAUGAGGAAAACCCCAGGUCCCGUGGAGGAUUAAAUAGUAUUCAUUCUCCAGCUGCAUCAGUUUCCAGCGAAGAUAAUGUAGGUGAUGUGCUUGAGGCAGUUCAUACAUGCCAGAAGAACAAGCGUCAAUUGGAGAACUGGUCAAAUCUCACUCCUUCAAAAAGAUCUCGAGACAAAGAUGAAGGAAUGGCUAGUGCUCUUCGUGAGAUGGCAACUGCAGUCUCUUCUUUAUCAGAUAAAAAGAAGAAUGAUGAAAACUCCAUCUCCAUAGAAAAUGUAAUCCAAGCAGUUCAAGCAUUAAAGGAUAUGGAUGAAGACCUUGUAUUAGAUGCAUGUGAUUUCCUAGAGGAUGAAAAGAAAGCCAAAACAUUUAUGGCAUUAGAUGUCACAUUACGAAAAAAGUGGUUAUUGAGGAAACUUCGCCCAGAGGUAUAGCUAAUCUUAAAAGACAUUCCUCUAGAGGCCUAAAUACUACUACACCCUUGUGCUUUUCCAGUA